UAGCCAAUUGUUUACAAGAUGGCGUCGAAUCGUUCGUCAAACAAUUGGAAUCAAGAGACGAAGAUAAGAUUAAAUGAAAAAAUAACAUCUAACAUAAAUGACAUAGGUUCACUAACACGACAGGUUAUACGAGGAUCAAAAUCAAAUGAGUUUCUUGCACAGGCGGCCAAAAACUUUGCUUCUCAAGAAAGCUGCAUUCAAAAUUCACAUGAAACAAUGAGGAAAAUGGACAUGAUACGCUCCCAACUUGAAUUUCAACAUUCUGCAAUAGCUAGAAGCCUAAGUCAUCUGGAUGAGGUGCAAGAUCAAAUAGCCUCUAUCAGUCAUUGAAAGUCACACCAGAGUUUCAAUCAGUCAUUGAAAGUCACACCAGAGUUUCAAUCAGUCAUUGAAAGCACACCAGGGUUUCAAUCAGUCAUUGAAAGUCACACCAGGGUUUCAAUCAGUCAUUGAAUGUCAAACCAGUAUUUCAAUCAAUUUAGUCACAACAAUGUUUUAAAUCAAAUAUUUUUUUGCACUUAAUUGAAUGAUUGGUUAAUUAAGUAUAAUGCAUUUUUCAACACUUUGUUUUAAAGAUAACACGCUCAUUUUGAAUGGAGAGCAUUAGUUCAACCCUUACAGUCCAAUGCACCCACCAGAGAAUUUUUGUUUGUAGUAGUCUGGUGCACCUGCAUUUAUUUACACAUAUUAUUGGAAGAUUAAUUUGGUAACGAGAUUUUGUGAAGAUACCAGCUGAAGGAGAAAAUAAGUUUUUUUAAGGUUGUUUUCUUGUUGUCCUAUCACUAGUGGUUCAUUUUCUUUGAUUUUUCUUAAGUUAAGAUUUUUCUUUAAAAAUUAUGGGCAAUAUAAUUAGUAAAAUUAAAUCAAAUUAAAAAUGCCUUUGCCAUUGAAUCUGGCUUUAAUGUAUCCUAUAGAGUGAUAUUGAGAAAAAAGUAGCGCCUGUGACUAUGUUGAAUUUUUUAGCAUUUAAAUAAAAUUUUAUAGAAAUAAUUUUAGGGAGUAGCAUUUUGUUUAAGUUUUAUUUUCUGGGAUUAAUGUAUUUUUUUAUUUACUAUUAGUAAACUGUUAGGCUAUUUUACUUUAUACAUAGAAAACUCAGACCAAUUUUUCGUAUAAAUAGUAUAAUAGUAUAAUGCUUUUUAUUUUCUUAACACAAGUGGUUAUUUUUAAAUAGAUUUUAUUUUCAAGUGCUUUGGUUACAAAAUGCGGCUUUAUUUGCAUGGCCAUAAGGGGAAGUAAUAUAGUUUUGAUGCCCUGAACAGUUAAGGUUAAGGGUUAAAGCAAGUAGUGAAUGUUGGGUGAAGUUGACUCAGUAUUUAAAGAUCAGGCACAUAAUAUAGAACACAAAAAUUUGUCAUUUUCCACCCUGUACCAUUUUAUAUUACAUUUCUAGGAAUCACAGUCACAAACAAACCAGGAUACAAUACGUAGAUCGAUGCAAAAACCUGUUAUUUUUUCCAAUUUGUAUAGAAUUAGAAAUCUAUUAAGUCAGUAUAGAGAAAAUGAAUUUAAACAGUUGUAAAUGUUUGUUUUGUGUUACAUUUAGAAGGAAAAUAAAUGUGUAAACUACUUAAGUCAACCUAUUCAUCAAACAAUUAUUUUUUUUAAAUUACAGACAUAACACUUCUCUAUACCUUCACCAUAACCUGUAUAUUACAAUAUGACAAAACAAUACAGUAAAUAAACCUAUUUUGUUUUAUACAAUAAACCCAUGAUGUCUUCAUACUUUAGAAUGCAAAUCACACUAAUUGCUGCUUAAGUGUUUUAUUUUAAUUCUACUUGUUUGUUGCUUACUUUAGUCUUAAAUUGUGCAUAUAUUUUCUUUUGUUUUUAAUGUGCAAUGUAAAAUAAUCUUUGCUGUUUUAAGCAGAGCUAAUUAUUUGCUUGUAUGACAGUGAGACUGAAAAUAUGGCUGUUUAUCAAACACUGUCAUUACUAGAACCCAAAGUUACUGGUUUUAAUAACUUAUUUGCUUUACUGCUUCAAAUUUUAAUAAUGAAACAACAAAAAAAGCAGAUUUAAUAAAAAUGGUUUUAUUA